AUGUUUAAUUUUAAGCUUUGGGGGCUGCCUCGGAAGGUCUCUGAUCAUUGUCCUACUCUGUUGAUGGAGGAUGAGAGAGAUUGGGGUUCAACUCCAUUUCGAUUUCUAAAUGCUUGGACCCUCCAUCCGAAGUUCAGGCCCUUUGUGGAGAAUACAUGGCUAGAAGCUAAUAUGAUGGAAUGGGCUGGUUUCAAGUGUCUCCAGAAGCUCAAAAUAUUAAAAAUGGCUUUGAAGCAGUGGGAUAAAGAAGUCUUUGGUGAUGUGGAGCAUAAACUUAAUCAAGUUGAAGAGAAGAUUCAUGCACUUGAUUUAAGUGCUGAAGAAAGACCUUUAUCUAAAGUAGAGCAAGCUAAAAGAAGAAAGGCUAAAGGCGUAGCUUGGAAACUAAGUAAAAUGGUGGAAUGGGCAUGGUUACAAAAAUCUAGAAUCACAUGGUCAACACAAGGAGACAAGAACACAAAAUUUUUCCAUAUUAUGGCUAGUUCUAGGAGAACCAAAAAUUCUUUGUGCUCAAUAGUAGUUAAUGGAAUUGUUAAGGAGGAUCCUGUGGAGGUAAGAGCUGCAGUUCAACAUUUUAUUAACCAAUUUACUGAAUCAUGGCGUAUUAGACCGAGGCUAUCUGGGCCUUUCUUAUCCAUUGGGGGUACAGAAGAUGUCCAGCACUUGGAAGCUGAGUUUUCAGAAGCUAAGAUUGAAGCUGCGGUUAAAAGUUGUGAAGGAAACAAAGCACCGGGUCUGGAUGGGUUUAAUCUUAUGAUGCUUAAAAAGUGUUAG